GUGGGUGAUCCCGAGGCUCGGCGCGCUUCGGAGCAGAAUACUGGAGGCGCCGUCGUCGACGUUGUCGCAACCGGCGCUUCUGCUGUUACCCUAGGCGCCUUAGCCCUCUCCCCGGUCGGUGGCCCUAACUCGACUCUCCCACCGAGCCCCGUGGGGCGCUGUGAGCCCCCCCUCCCCUGGCGUUGGCAAGGCCGGCCGCGGCCCCGACGCCGUGCCGCCUCCCACCUAGCCGGGCUGUUUGGACUCUCCACUCAGCGCUGUCUUCUUUCUCAGGACUGCUUGUGAGGGGGCCGCAGGUUCGCACGCUCGCCCGGUGCCGGAGCGCUCCGGCCCGGCCAGGGAGCGGCCCCUGGUAGACGUUGGAGGAGACGUUUGAGGUCCGUCCCGGCGCCCUACCGCCCCACCGUUCGGCCCGCUGGCCCGCUUCGUCCUGAUGCAGACUGCCGUCCACUAGAAGCUGGACAGGACCCCCGAGGGGGAGAGAGAGAAAGAGAGAGAGGAAAAAAAAAGGAAGAAGCAUAAUUCAGCCAUUUUUUUGCAGCGCAGAGCUGCAGUGUCCAGGGUAUGGAUUGUGAACAAGUUGGUUUUGUUUCACGUGUUCAUUUGUGAUUCAUGGCAGGGGACGUGGAAGGAUUCUGUUCCUCCAUCCAUGACAGCAGUGUCUCUGCUGGGUUCAGAGCACUGUAUGAGGAGGGAUUGCUUCUCGAUGUCACUCUGGUUAUUGAAGAUCAUCAGUUCCAGGCCCAUAAAGCACUUUUGGCCACCCAGAGUGAUUACUUCAGAAUUAUGUUUACAGCAGAUAUGAGGGAACGCGAUCAGGACAAAAUUCACUUGAAAGGUCUAACAGCUACUGGUUUCAGCCAUGUUCUUCAGUUUAUGUAUUAUGGAACUAUAGAACUAAGUAUGAAUACUGUUCAUGAAAUUCUUCAGGCCGCCAUGUAUGUUCAACUCAUAGAAGUGGUGAAGUUCUGCUGCUCUUUUCUGUUAGCGAAAAUCUGCUUAGAAAAUUGUGCAGAAAUUAUGAGACUCUUAGAUGAUUUCGGUGUUAACAUCGAGGGAGUCAGGGAGAAGCUGGAUGCCUUUCUGCUAGACAACUUUGUGCCACUCAUGUCCAGGCCUGACUUCCUGUCCUAUCUGAGCUUUGAGAAGCUCAUGUCCUACUUGGAUAAUGAUCAUCUGAGCAGGUUCCCAGAGAUAGAGCUGUACGAGGCUGUGCAGUCUUGGCUGCGGCAUGAUAGAAGACGCUGGAGGCAUACCGAUACCAUCAUUCAGAACAUCAGGUUUUGUUUGAUGACUCCAUCCAGCGUUUUUGAGAAGGUUAAAACAUCAGAAUUUUAUAGAUACUCUCGACAGCUGCGCUAUGAAGUUGACCAAGCAUUGAAUUACUUUCAGAAUGUUCAUCAGCAGCCCUUGUUGGACAUGAAAUCAAGCCGUAUUCGUUCUGCCAAACCCCAAACUACAGUAUUCCGAGGGAUGAUUGGACAUAGCAUGGUUAAUAGUAAAAUACUUCUGUUGAAGAAACCAAGAGUCUGGUGGGAGUUGGAGGGCCCCCAAGUACCUCUACGGCCAGACUGCCUUGCUAUUGUCAAUAAUUUUGUGUUCCUCUUAGGCGGAGAAGAACUGGGUCCAGAUGGCGAGUUUCAUGCUUCUUCCAAAGUGUUCAGGUAUGACCCAAGGCAAAAUUCUUGGCUGCGGAUGGCAGAUAUGUCUGUACCCCGUUCAGAAUUUGCUGUUGGCGUGAUUGGGAAGUUCAUUUAUGCAGUAGCAGGCAGAACAAGAGAUGAGACUUUCUACUCAACGGAGAGAUACGACAUCACCAAUGAUAAAUGGGAAUUCGUGGAUCCUUAUCCAGUUAACAAAUAUGGACAUGAGGGGACAGUGCUCAGUAACAAGUUGUUUAUAACUGGUGGCAUCACCUCAUCUUCUACAUCUAAACAAGUGUGUGUGUUUGACCCCAGUAAAGAAGGGACCAUAGAACAGCGGACCAGGAGAACACAAGUAGUCACCAACUGCUGGGAGAAUAAGAGCAAGAUGAAUUACGCCAGAUGCUUUCACAAGAUGAUCUCUUACAACGGAAAGCUUUAUGUCUUUGGUGGUGUCUGUGUAAUCUUGAGGGCCUCAUUUGAAUCUCAGGGCUGCCCGUCCACAGAGGUGUAUAACCCAGAGAUUGAUCAGUGGACCAUCUUGGCAUCUAUGCCAAUUGGUAGAAGUGGCCAUGGCGUGACUGUGCUGGACAAACAAAUAAUGGUUCUUGGAGGCCUUUGUUAUAAUGGUCAUUACAGUGAUUCCAUUCUCACUUUUGAUCCAGAUGAAAAUAAGUGGAAGGAAGAUGAAUAUCCUCGGAUGCCCUGCAAGCUGGAUGGUUUACAAGUGUGCAACCUACAUUUUCCGGACUAUGUACUGGAUGAGGUUAGGCGUUGCAACUAAUGAUAUCUUUCUCCCUUAAAGGCAAAUAAAGCAUUUGUUUAUGAUAAAGUAGUUAAAAAGCAUAAGAAAAACCUCACCAGUUUUACUAUCAAAGCCAUUGGUCUAAUAUUGUAAGAAUUUUUCAUUCUGUGCUAGCAUCUUUUUCCUUUCAGAGGCCUCAAACUCAUGCAAUAAGUUCAUUCUAAGCACUAGCUCUUGAAACUACUUCCAAAAGCAGUUUAAUAUAUACUGUUCCAUUUACCUGGGAAGCUGAUUUUCUGCUUUAGAUAUUUCUUUCAGAUCUCAGUGUAGGAUUCAUGCAUCUUGUAAGAGAAGACCCAAUAAAUGUCACUGGAUAUGAUUUCGGUCCCCCUCUAUUUGAACCUUUUUGAACAUUAAUUUCAGUCUGUUACAUGUUUUGGUUUUAUUUAAAAGUUUAAAACUCUGGACCUUUUUUGCAUGGCUUUUUGCUGAAAAUGCAAAAAUUUAAAUUUUCUACAAAGUUUUUAUAUUCAGAACACUAUUUCUAAGCUGCCUUCUCUUAUCCGCAUUGUGUUAGUGAAAGCAUAUCCACACUCGCAUACAUCCUAUAACUAUAUAAGGCACACAUCCCUUUUAUGCGUGAUUAGGAUUUUAUAUUUUUAAGCUAGUAUGCUAGCAUACACAGUUUGCCACACUUGUUGAAAUUUAGAUGUAACAUCUUUUCAUGUAUUGAUGUUUUUGGAAAGUUAAAAUAACUGGAGUCCUCAUUUGGUAUCAAAGUAACCUAUCUUCAGUCCAUACUGAUUUCAGUAAUAUUUGAACUCUUUAUAUUCCUGAAAUAUGUGUGGAUUUAUGAAAACUUAAUUCUUUACAUUUUGUUUUCAAAAGUAAAUGUUAGUGUUCCUUAUCAAUGUCUUUUCUUUUUUGAAAAUGUUUCUCUUUGCAGUCUGUUUAAUGUUGCCCUGUUUUAGUGAGAAUCGGAGUGGUAUAUGGCAAGUUCUAACCCUGCAGCGUGCAAGCACUUUUAAAGAGAACUUAGGUAAUACCAGACUCCUAAAUAAAAGCCCCUUAAAAGUAAGUCCAACUCCUGUUCUUUAUAUUCAAUAAGGCUGCCACAUCUGUUGAAUAGAAGGUAACAACUCUUAGAAAAUUUGAGCUCAGUUCUGACUUAGGGGUAAGAAAUGGAAUUAUGUUACUGCUAGUUUGUCUAGUUGGUUAUUUUGUACAAAAUAUUCAGUGACAUUAGGGAGAGAAGUCAGCCCUUGGCAUUUGUCGUAUUUGCUGGAAGUCCAUGACAUGAAGGAUUAUAUCCACAAAGUUUGGUUUGAAUCAAAAAUAACUGUUUUAAAAGCAUUUACAGUACAUGUUUUAGAAUUAGUUGCGCCUUUCAACUCUAAAUGCAAUGGAAGAAAAUGUAGUUGACAAAAUUAAGCAAGAGUGACCUGGGAGUGGAUCAUUUAGGUUGAUGCCAUUUUCUCAUGAGCAGUCUAUAACUGACAGAUUUUAUACUGGCAGAACUUGCCAGAUCUUUGGAUAUUGGUGCAAUAUUGCAAUGCCUUUUAUAUGGCUGCUGUUGUAUUAAUUUUUCUAGUUACUUUUUUUUUUUUUUUUGCUGCUGGCACCAUUGAACAUAAAAUGGAAGUGUGAAACCUUUCUUUUUUUCCUUUUUCAGUUCAAUUAGCUAUAGUGUGAAACAACGCCUGAUUUUAAAACUCCAAAACCGAAGAGUUUGAGUUUUAAGAAAGUGUCAGGUACACAAAUAGCUUUUUUUUCCUUUCAGAAAUCAAUAGCAGUGGCUUCUCUUUAAAUUUUUUUUUGGUCUUUUUUGAGACAGGGUUUCCCUGUAGCUCCAGCUGG